UACAAACGGCGUCGUUUCAACAUUGGAUAUCCACAACCGUCAUUAUGAGCUCCAUUUACGUUGGUGAUCUAGCGAUUUGGUUGGGAGUGGAGGGCGGACUUGUGAAUCCGCAUGAAUGUGGAUGUUGGAAUCACUUAAAAGUCGCCUGAAUUCGCACCCCAAGUCCAUAAAGGAGUCCAUGCAGAUAAGUUUUGUCAUUGUGGAGGUUGGUUGGAGUCGGGGGGAGACAAUUUCUAGUGUGGGGGUUGCUGUCCGAGGACCGAGAGCAAGACAUACCGGACACGGUGGGGGUGGUUCAGGACCUACACAGCGACAUGCACAUAUGCGGGGGGUCUGUUAUAGUCUUAUGGAAGGGCUAAAGACAGGAUGGGGUGAAUCGGCCAAUAGGCUGUGGUUGUACAUGGGCACAAAGUGUCACUAGCAUGUAGGGAGGAAGCGCAAUGGUAAAGGGUGGAAGCCGGUAAUACUUUUGGACAAGGGCAAUGAGACGAUGGAGGUGCAACGAGCGAGGCUGAUAUAAUAAUAAUAAUCACUUAAUGCCCAAAUUCUCAAAUUAUCACAACACUUGCACUUGAUAAAGUCUUGCAUAAAUUGAUAUACUCUACACUUUGUUUGACAAAAUACAUAUUCUUUUCUAAAAAAUACUCUUUUUAGCAUCAUAUGAAACCAAGGGGGUGCAUUCAUUUUAGACAUUGUAUGACAUUUUGAAAUUUGUAUAAAUAUGGGAUUUGAGG